AUGUUCUUUAACGAGGAAGGAGAUGACGGGCCCGGGGUGGAUCGCGUCAAAGAAGAGGAAGAACGAGAACAGGAACAACGAGACGGGAACGUAAAGAAGAAGAAGCCGCGCGUGCGCAUUGUGAUGAACGACGGACAAGAGAGAACGGAAAACGCCGAUGGCUGUGACGAGGCCGAGACCGCUCGCAAGCUGGCGGAUCACUCGCACAGUCUCCACGUUGCUCCGGGUGAGAAUCGCAUUCCGAUCGCGCUCUUCCUGGAAGAGUACGCCGAAGAGCUCGCGUUCCCCACCAUCUACCUGGGCGUGCCUCGCAAGAUCACCGGACCGUGUCCCACGCCUUUCGUCAAGGCCAGCAGCGAGAUCAGGCGGACCGAUCGGCGCGGGGCGACUCCGGAACACGUCCUGUACAUGGCCGUGAAGGUGAUGCGCUACAACGUUGCCGAAAUGACCAUGACGUUCCGGACCAACGCGGCCACCGACUCGAUCACGCGCGAGCAGCUUGAGAACGGCGGGCAGAGGUUCCUCGACGACAGGCUGGACCGCGACCUCGGUUUCAUGCGCGGCGUUCCCAACACGGUUCAGUACUGGCAGGAGCGGCGCAAGGACCUCUUUGCCAUGAUCAGACAGCUGGGCAAGCCGCACGCGUUCCUGAGCAUGUCUGCGUCCGAAGUGCACUGGGAGCGCCUUCUCGAGACUCUGGAGCGGCUACGAGUCGGACCCGAAGGUACGGCGCGCGUGGUCGCCGAGAUGAUGGCCUGGGAACGGGUGGAACUCGUCAACAACGAUCCCGUGACGUGCGCAAUCUACACCAACCGCAUCUUCGAAGUGACCAUGAACGUGCUCAGGGACAAGCGCUGCUCUUCGUUCAGGCCGUACGUUGUGCGAGACUACUUCAAGCGAGUCGAGUUUCAGCAGCGCGGCAGCGCGCACGUGCACGUCAUUCUGUGGCUGGAAGACGCGCCCGAAGACGAGGAGCUCAGCGGAGCCGAAGGGGCCAUGCCCAAGACGCUGGAGAUGGUGGACGCGCUCCUGACGCUCGACACCUCUCUGCUCAAGCGGCCGCGCAAGCAGACGCACCAGCACACGCACACGUGCUACAAGCGCGGCCGAACAAAGUGCCGGUUCGGCGCUCCGUUCAUGUCGAGCGGGUCCACCAAGGGCCGUAUUCUGAAACACGCCGAGACCAUUCGAGAACGGGAACGGCGAAAGGACCUCAAGGCAAAGUACGAAGAGAUGCACGAGGCGCUGGAACGCGGGGGAGACGUUGCGAGCCUGGACGAUUUUCUGCGCACCUUCAACGUUCGCUCCGAGGAAGAGUACAUGGACGUUCUGGGCGCGGGCGUCGCGCGUCCAUCAUACUGGACCACUACGCGUGUGCCUCGUACGUUGUGGAGCUACGUCAACAAGGCCGAUCGCGGCAUGUCCAACCUCAAGCGCGCCGUGUCCAACAUCCUCAAGGAGAAUCCCAACGACGACUACGAGGCCGUGAUUCGCAAGCUCCGAGUGGACAUGCUCAAGGGAGUUGAAAUGUCCGCGCAGGAAGCGGCCUGGUUCCUGCUCAGGCAGGACAUGUCUCACAAGAGCAGGGACGUUGUAUACAUUCCCACUUGCUUCCCCGAAGAGAGGGUGCGCGUGCGCAAGAUGCGCGAAGAGCUGUACAAGCUCCCCGCCGCGUCCACCGACGUGUGGAAGCUCAACAACGUGCAAAAGUACGAGGCCAGGCAGCAGCCCGAUGAGCUCGACGAUGUGUGUCUCGCCGACUUCGCCAGCAAGUACAGGAUGGGCCAGGGCGGUCGGUACGUGCCCCGAGACAGGCCGGUGGUGAUACGUUACCGCAACUACAGUCCCGGCGACGAUGUGGACUCGUACAUCCGCGAGCAGGUGUUGCUGUACGUGCCCUUUCGGAGCGAUGCGAUUGACGUUCUGGACGGCAACAAGUACGUGAAGCUGUACGAAGACAACAAGGAGCUGAUCGAGCGCAAGCGCAAAGAGUACAACCCGGCCAACGAUGACGUUGUGGUUGGAGAGUUGGUUGGCGAGUACUAUGCCGAAAUGCUGCGCAUGCGCCAGGAACAAGAAGAACAACAACAACAGCGAGAAGAACAAUCGGAUGACAGUGACGUAAAUGAAGUGGUGACGGCUGUCUCUAAGCAGCAACAACAAGAGCAGCAACGGCAGCGGGCGGUUGACGCCGAUGUUCUGCCGAGCGACCGCUUGCUUCGCUUGAUAAAGGAGACGGUCACGCCGUCUGGCGCAGUACGCAAGCGGCAGGGCGUCAUGGAUCGAGACGCGUACCUCUCGAUGAUGCGCAGCACAAACGCCGAGCAGUACGAGUUGCUGCGCGAGAUUCUCCAUCGCCAGACCACUCCCGGCCAGCCUCCCCUGCGAGUGUUCUUCACCGGCCCCGCCGGUUGCGGCAAGACGUUCGUCCCCAAGCUCGCCAUGGACGUGUACAACAGAUGCAGUGGCGGUGGUGGUGACUCGGUCAUGGAAGUGGACGCGCCUUCGACUUCAUCGUCUGCACUGGCACCGGUAACGUCAUCGUACAACGCGUACGUCAUCUUCGCCAGCACGGGCAAGGCCGCCGUUGCAGUUGGUGGCACCACCGUUCACGCCGCCUUCAAGCUCGUGCGCAGUGCCACUACCGCUGGCAGGCAGGCGGCUCGCAUCGGCAUCAUGGGAGACGGCGGUCUGAGCCCCAGCGAUCUCAACACGUUUCGAGUCGCGUUCCGCCGAGUCAAGUGCGUCAUCAUCGACGAGGUCAGCAUGAUUUCUGCCGAUCAACUCAGAGCCGUUGACUGCCGUCUGCGCCAGAUCACGCAGCGUCUGAACGAGCCCUUCGGAGGUUUGGACGUCAUCCUCUGCGGCGACUUGCGUCAGCUACCGCCCGUGCGCGCGAGCGAAAUCUACAAGCGGGGCCGCAGUGCGGACGGACUCAUCGGACACACCGUGGUCACGUGGCAUCAUCAAGACUACUUUCCCCUCGUGCGAGUCGUUCGCCAGUCUGACAUCGGCUUCUCCAACGUCCUCACAAAUAUUGGAGACGGCCGCGCGCUGGAACCGGACGAGGUGCGGCUGCUGGAAUCGCGCUUCGUCACCGCCGCCGAAGCCAUGGAACGCGCGCCCACUGCCGUGCGCAUCUUCUACUCGAACAACGAGGUGACUCGCUUCAACGAGGCCAUUGCGCAGGCGCAGGGAGACGGCGGGUACCGAACGCUGCGAGCUCGGGACGAGUUUCUCGGGUGCAAGACGCCGCACCUGCUGGAGAACGCCAAGCGCAGGGUGGAGCGGAUGGUCAGCAGCGAGUUUGCAAACCUCCCGCGAGAAGUGUUGGUCGUGAUCGGCAAGCCCUACAGGAUCACCUCCAACAUUGACGUUGUGGACGGUUUGGUCAACGGCGCCGUUGGAGUCUUGCGCAUGUGCGAGUUUGAACAAGGAGGAGAAGAAGAAGAAGGAGGAGAAAGACGCGCGAGGCGUCUCUGGCUAGAGUUUGACGUGCCCGGCACCGGCAAGUUGACUCGCGCGCGCGCCAAUCGCGCCGUGCGCGAGGCCAAGAGCAACGGCUGCGUCAUCAGAAGCGUCACCUGGGUACCCAUCGAAAUGCAGUCUCUCACGCUCACCAUUGACCGCAAGGCCGGCAUUGCCUUCAAGCGAACGCAGUUUCCCCUCGUCCAGGCCAGCGCCAUUACGGUUCGCAAGUCUCAGGGGGGAACGUACGCCUCGGUCGUGUACGAGUACGCCAGGACGCACCCGCACAAGCUCGUCUACGUUGCGCUCUCGCGCUACCACACCUUCUACCAUCGAGAGGCCAACCCGGACAAGCCCAUGGUGGACGAGUUUCGCAGGCCCGAGAGUCACCACCUGCACACCGUCACGCAACGAUACCUCGCCGCGUUGAAAGAACAGGAACUGUCUCGAGUGUGCGAAGGUGGCUCCAGAGAGUUUACGCUCGCGCUCCUCAACGUUCGCUCUCUCUCCGCCCACGCGCUGGACGUUGCCAGAAACCCCGUGCUCGGCAAAGUUGACCUCCUGUGUCUCACCGAGACUGGGAAUAACGGCACUGCUGCCGGUAGUGGUUGUGAGGACGCUGUGGUUCGCGGGUACGACGCUGCUGCGUGCGCGCGCGCCGUUGCCACUCGCCGAGCGGGCGGUGUGGACGUGUUCCUCAAGCGAUACCUGCCCUUCAGCGAAGAACUGCGACAGCAACGGCAGUCCUCGCUUCUCGUCCUCGAUCGCCGCGUCUGCCCUAGUGUCAGUGGUGGUCUGUAUGACGAUGGUGCCGACGACGCCGUCAACGAGUAA